GGAACGCCGGUGUUUCUGAGUCAUCGCACCUCAGUCAGUGAACGUGGUAGCAGACGCAACGGCCGUUUAGUCGCUACCGGAUAUUUUUGGAACCACGACUUUUCUUCCCCCCCCCCCUUCCCAUAAUUGCCCGACAGGAUUGAGAUGUUACAUUUUAGGUCUUCGGCAGUGCUGAAGGAGUUGUUUGAAGCCACCCUCAAGCGUCCCUUGUCCGGCUCGAGACAGAAGACCUGGUUACCGACCCGCCACUGCCGCUUCGGCACCGCCUCCGUUGAUGCCAGAGCCGCGUCCGCUCGACUGAAGGUCCUCUAUGCCGCGACGCCCUACCCGGCGCUCCUCCGCGCCGCGCCGCGCGCCGCCUCGUUCCGGUCGUACUGCACGAAGACGGAGGGCGCCGCGGAGCUGCUGGACGAGCAGCUGAAGAAGGACGGGGUCGCCGGCGGAGAAGAAUCCAGUGACAAGAGAAAAAAUGCGCUCCCCAGUUUGGAGGACUUGCUCUUCCACACAGUCGCAGAAGGUCAAGAGAAGAUUCCUGCCCAUAAAUUUCUCACAGCGCUCAAAGCCACCGGGCUUCGCACUGGAGAUCCCAGACUGAAGGAAUGCAUGGACACCCUCAAAGAAACCCUGAGGAACACGUCAGACGGCGUUACACUGGACAGGCACCUAUUCAAGAAGUGUGUCCAGAGCAACAUUGUCCUGCUCACUCAGGCCUUCCGCAAGAAGUUCGUCAUCCCAGACUUCCAGUCCUUCACCUCCCAUAUUGAUGAGCUGUAUGAGAGUGCCAAAAAACUCUCUGGAGGACAGGUCGCCGACUACAUUCCUCAGCUUGCCAAGUUCAGCCCUGACCUGUGGGCCGUCUCCCUGUGCACAGUUGACGGACAGAGGCACACGGUAGGCGACACCAAGGUCCCCUUCUGCCUGCAGUCCUGUGUCAAGCCUCUGAAGUACGCCGUCGCCGUUCACGACCACAGCACGGAGUACGUGCACAGUUUCAUUGGGAAGGAGCCCAGUGGCCUGCGCUUUAACAAGCUCUUCCUGGAUGAUGAUGAUAAGCCCCACAACCCCAUGGUCAAUGCUGGCGCUAUUGUUUGUACUUCACUGAUUAAGCAAGGUGCAAGCAACGCCGAGCGAUUUGACUAUGUCAUGAACUUUCUGAAAAAAAUGGCAGGAAACGAGUAUGUGGGUUUCAGCAAUGCCACAUUCCAGUCUGAGCGUGAGUCAGGAGACAGGAACUUUGCCAUCGGCUACUACCUGAAAGAAAAAAAGUGUUUCCCAGAAGGGACGGACAUGACAUCUGUACUGGACUUCUACUUUCAACUGUGUUCCAUCGAGGUGACCUGCGAGAGCGCCAGUGUCAUGGCGGCCACCCUGGCUAACGGGGGCAUCUGCCCAAUAUCGGGUGAGCGCGUGCUGAGCCCCGAGGCGGUGAGGAACACCUUGAGCCUGAUGCACUCCUGCGGCAUGUACGACUUCUCUGGACAAUUCGCCUUCCAUGUCGGCCUGCCGGCCAAGUCUGGCGUAGCGGGGGGGAUCCUGCUGGUUGUACCCAACGUGAUGGGCAUCAUGUGCUGGUCCCCUCCACUAGACAAGCUGGGCAACUCGGUCAGAGGAAUACAGUUCUGCACGGACCUCGUGGAGCUUUUCAACUUCCACAACUAUGACAACUUGAGGCACUUUACCAAAAAGCACGACCCCCGCAGAGAAGGAGGGGACCAGCGGCAGUUCUCCUUCGGACCCCUGGAUUACGAGAGCCUCCAGCAAGAGCUCGCUCUGAAAGCCCCUCUUUGGAAAAAGGUGUCGCCCACUGAGUCGCACCAGGACAGCUCCACCACUGUAGUCUAUAGGAUGGACAAUGUCACCGAGAGAAAUUAACCGCCUACACACCCACCUCUCGCACCACCACCACCACCUUUUCAUGUUUAAUUACAUUAUGUAGAUUUAUUUAUUGCCUGUGAAGCAGUUGGUGUGUGUGGAUGCACUGGGACGCUGUGAAUGUCUGGGCUACAUGAUGUAGUUUAUCAUAAUAAUAAUAAUAAAAAUAAAAAAGAGCCAUGAAGGGAUUUUAAUAUUUCAGAUGUGAAGGCUUAUUGUCUUAUUAUCUGAGUCACUUACUUGGACCAAAGCGCUUCUGGUCCUUUUUUGUAGUUUAAAUUUUUUAAAGUAGAACAACAUUCAAGCACUUGUACCAUUUUUAUAUGGUUUCACUCUGAAAUGCUUUAUGCUAGCCUAAAGAUGUCUGAAGAAAAAUAAAUACAGACAUUUGCAAUCUGAGAUUAGGAGGGAACCCCCCCCCUCCCAUUGGAGGCACUUUAUAUGCAAAAUAUUACAGGAGAUUUCUACGGCACAUUUGUACGUGUUCAUUCAUUUGAAAUACUUUGACAUUCAGCAUCAUUUGUGCCUCCCUUCAUACCUUUUUUUUUUUUUUUAAAAAGAAAGAAGAAUACAGAAUCAACGUUAACUUAAAUAGACGUUAAAACACACUCACACAGAAUGAACAGAGAUAUGAAGGAAUAAGAAAAGGACUUAAGUUUUUUCUGAUUUAUACUAUGAUAAUGUGGAGAAAGAAAGUUGUGUGUGGCUGGGUGCCAUGUUUAUCAACGUUGGUAUCAGUUAGCAGAUGGGCGCCGUGUGAUCAUUGCCACGCCCCUCCCCCUCAUAGCCGCCUGACCAUGCGUCAUACCACCUUUAACGUCUCUGCUGCCAACGUGGCUGCAGGGCUCGUCUGGGCUGCGCGGCAAUAUGUCGAAACAGGAAGAAUUUAAAAUAAAACAAUGGUUGAGAUGAUUUAUGGUUUAAAGUGGAAAAAGCAGCAGAAGCAGCAGUUUUUAGGGGGGAGGGGUGAUAGUACGCUGAUCCAGAAAUGUUAUCCAUAUAAACCAAAAAGUGUAUUUUGAGCAUCAGAAUGCCAACACACACACAGAGAGACACACACACACACACACACACAAGUAUUCCGUAUUGUUUGUAAAGUUCUCAAAAGUCUUACUCUUCCAGUAAGCGUGUACAUUAUCAAAACGUCUUACCGUAUACAUAACUACUGUUCCUCCUGAAUGUACAUAGUGUCGUUAAUCCUGAACAGCAGACCAGAACACACUUCCGACGUUCCACAUUUUGUAACGCCGUCUUGCAGCAGCUAGAUGUGGGUUUUUUCGGGGUUAAUAAUCUUGUUUGUGAAAUCAUUGUUGAAACUGUCGCGCCGUGUUUGACCAGCACUCACAGUGACGACUGCUGGAGCCAACGACAUGUCGUGUUAAUCACGUCAUGGACUUCUGUUAACGUAACUUCUUGUUUUUAAUGUUUCUUUGCUCAUUGUUUUUUUUUGUGAAAGUACAAAAGUAUUCAAAAGCCUCCGUCGUCAGUAACGCUAGAGUUGCUUUUCGGCUAAAGGGGUUUUUGCAGUGGCCGGGAGGUACCGAAAGUAAUCACAUUUUAAUAUUUAGUAAUAGUUGGACAGUGCUUCUCCAAACUUUCACCAUAUCAAACCCCCAUUUCUUCUGCUAUAACCAUCAAAUGCAUCGUACCUCAUUAGUUGCCUCUCCAUUUUCUCAGCAAAGGAGGGCGGAGGCCUGCAUGUACUAGGCGACGUUAAGAGGACACGUGCACACAUUGCAUGUCACUCCUGUGCACACGUCACGUAAUGACAUGAUCCAGGCUGGAGGAGAUAUAAGAGGUCACGAUAGAGGUGUCACUAAGAAUGGAAGAGGGGGUUUCCAGAAGCGCUGAUGUUGUCGUUUCCUUGGUGAUGAUGAAGAAGCCUGCUUCCUUUUUUCGAGUCAAGAAUACUCCGUUUUACCUCCCAGAGUAGCCCUUGUUUCAGUACCUCAUCUCGGCCUCGGGUUUUUCUUUUUUUCUUUGUGGACAAACCUUUCUGGUGAUGAGAGUGAAGGGAAUCGCUUCGUAAACACCCGUUCAAGCCUUCUCUUUUCCUCGUUGCUGCUACAGCACUGGGUCACUGGCCCAACAUCUCAAAACACACACCGUCUGAUUUUAACCUCAACGCAACCAAUCGGAGCCGAUCAAGUGUCACAAAGUUUCUAACUGGCAACCCGCCUCAUGACGGGGGCGCUUUUGAAUGCAGUUACCCUUUCCCAUGGAAAUCAUCAUGUUUGUCAUGUCACUCACAUAUGUAAUGUUUCCUGGCGUUCAUCAUAUUAUUUUUAUUUUUUUUUCCUCUGUGAAUUCUCAUUCUCCCCCUCGCAUGCAUAUUUCUGUACGAGUUCAUAAAUAUGUUUAAUCCCAUGUAAUCGAUUUUGUUUUGAAAUUUAAUUUGAUCACCUUUUCACGUGUCUUUAUUUAUUUUGAUUUGUGUCUUGUGACAUGGAAUUUGCAUAUCCGUUUGUAAAAAACAAUAUAUAAAAAAAGAAGAAGAAUUGUAAAGGUCCUCUAAUGUUUUUGGUUGGAUAUUUAUGAAUGGAUCUAACGAUUCAUUCUCAAUUUUAAAUCAAAUUUUUAAACGUCUGGAAAGUUGUUACAUGGGUUGUAAAAAGUGAAUUAUCUCCACACAUACGAAGCCAGGCAGUUCCAAGCUCACGACCCUCAAACUGUUCCAUGUUUUGAUUUAUUUUCUCAGCCCACAUGUUUAUAUUUCUGUAUGUAAAGUCUCCAUAAUCAUCUUCACCAGAAGACGGCGCUGAAGACGUGAACUUGUCUGUCUUCACUGUUCACUGUGUCUUUUGGGUGUUGUUGGACUUGCAAACCCGAAGGGGAGGGGAGAAAGUGGGUGUUACGAUUUUUAGCCUUGGUGUCCCUUGUAUAAAAUUUAAAUAAAGUACUAUUAUAUAUCAUCUAA